AUCUCACGGAUGAGAUUAUUCCGUGGCUGUAGUGUUUGUGUUUUUUCGACAUCAAAUCACGAAGUUUCCACGAAGUUGUGACUAUCAAUCUGAUCUGUCGUCGAUCUGAUAUCGUCAACUCCUUUCGCCGUCACAGUGCCAGUCUCGACACACGCCGUUGGCAAAAUAAUCUCUCUGAGUUAUCGUGGGGCUUCCGAGUGUCUCACUGUGUCGGGGCCCGACUUGGGACUCGCGGUCAGUUCCUCGUUGACUAUGAGCGACGAUCACCAUGUCGGCGGUGCUUCUGCAAUUAUGAACACACGCGUUGCACUCACGUUAGCUCUGUCGUUGCUGGCUUUACUGCCGUCGCCAUCGAUACAGGAUAACUAUGGCUGGUUUAUGUACGGUAAUAAUCAAUAUCCGGCAGUCGCGAAUGGUCCACCAGGCCAUUCCAAACGGGAGAACAAUGGUUUUUCCGGACCACCGGGUCAAAAUAAAUGGAAAGGUAAUGGCAGAGGACCUCCAGGUGGUCGUGGUCCUCCAGGAUUAGUAGGCAAUGAUCCUCCAGGAUUACACCAUAAUCCUCCGGGUUUGAACAAAGUAGACAUCGACAGGCCGUAUGAAGAUCCAUACGACAGAGAACCUAUUUAUCGCCCACAUCCUAAAGAAAGAGAAAGACCUCCAGAUCCUGAUUUUGAUAAUAAAAGACCUCAAGAUCCUAAUUUUGAUAACAGAGGAAGACCUCCAGGUCCUGAUUUUGAUAACAGAAGAAGACCUCAGGAUCCAGAUCCUGAUAAUAAAGGAAGACUUCAAGAUCCCGAUUUGGAUAAUAAAAGAAGACCUCAAGACUUUGAUUUUGAUAAAAGAAGACCUGAAGAUCCUGAUUUUGAUAAUAAAGAAAGACCUCACGGUCCAGAUCCUAAUAAUAAAGGAAGACCUCCAGGUCCAGAUCCUAAUAAUAGAACAAGACCUUCAGGUCCAGAUCCUAAUAAUAAUAGAAGAAGACCUCCAGGUCAAAAUCCUAAUAAUAAAGAAAGACUUCCAGGUCCAGAUUCUAAUAAUAAAGGAAGAUCUCCAGGUCCAGAUCCUAAUAAUAAAGAAAGACUUCCAGGUCCAAAUUCUAAUAAUAAAGGAAGAUCUCCAGGUCCAGAUCCUAAUAAUAAGGGAAGAUCCCAAGGCCCUGAGUCGGAUAUUAGAAGAAGACCUCAGGCUUCAGAUCCUGAUAAUAGAGAAAAACUUUCCGAUUCUGAAAAUAAAGGAAGAUCUCAAAACUUUGAUUAUGAUAAUAAAAAAAAUCUUCAGGAUUCAGAUUCAGAUAAUAGAGAAAGAUCUCAAAGUUCCAAUCGUCGCCAAUCCGAGUCGAAUAGCUAUCCGCAAAAUCUACAGUGCAGAAAAAACGAGUUUCGUUGCGAAAGCGACGAGUGUCUGCCUCAAAGCGCCAGAUGCGAUAAUAAAAUUGAUUGUCGUGACGGCAGCGACGAACACGUUUGUGUCAGUAACAGAAAUCAGGAGUCGACCAGGCAAGAAUCGAGCAACAAUCAGCAGAAGAAUGGCUGCGUUUUACCUGAACCACCGCAAGGCGGACGUUACAAAUUGGGUGGUUGCGACGACAAUUGUGACACGCGUCCCGGUGACACUGUUCCCAUAAGCAGCAUACUCAAUUACACCUGUAAUAGCAACUACAUAUUGGAAGGAAACACCAUUUCAGUUUGCGUCGAUAACAAAUGGUUAGAACCGCCCAAGUGUCUGAAGGUCUGCCCACCGUUAAACAGCACCAGCGUUGACAUUGUCUGCAGCUACAAGGGAGAAACGGUGUCGUGUAGCGAGCGUAUAAUGCCGGGCACACGGGCUACGCUCGCUUGUAAAUCAUCUUAUAAAUUACCGGUAACGAACGAUCCGGCUUACCGUGAGAUCACCUGUCUCGAGGACGGUCUCUGGGACCGUCGCGUUUUUCGUUGUCUGCCAGAAUGCGGAACGUCGAUAGCGCGCGGUAACACUUUAAUCGUGAACGGAUUCGAAGCCAAAGUUGGGGUAUUCCCGUGGCACGUUGGUAUUUACAGGAAGAAACGCACGAGCGAGUACGAGCAGAUAUGCGGCGGCAGUCUCAUUAGCAGCACUCUCGUCGUAUCGGCGGCUCACUGCUUUUACGACGAGACUGUCAAUAAGCUUCACAACGAGUCGCAAUACGCGGUAGCCGGUGGCAAACAUUAUCGCGAUUGGGAAACCGAAGAGAAUUACGCACAGAAAUCAUUUGUGGCAAGUAUCAAGGUGGCCGAAAGAUACAUGGGAGCGAGGGGCAAUUUUGCUAACGAUAUAGCUCUGUUGAAACUAAAGACGCCCUUCGAGUUAACCGCUUUAGUAAGACCAGUUUGCAUUGACUGGGACAACACGUACGAGAGGGAGCAGCUGCAGGAGGGACGCACCGGCAAGGUGGUCGGCUGGGGUAAAAACAUCAAAGGCGAAUUCAGCAGAAGCUUACAGGAAAUUGACAUGCCGUUCGUGCCGUUCCGUCAGUGUUUGGCCGUGGUGCCUGUAAAUUUCCGAGGAUUCCUCACGCCCGACAAAUUCUGCGCCGGUCGUCUGAACGGCUCGAGCGCUUGCGACGGAGACAGCGGCGGUGGUUUGUGCUUCGAGAAAAACGACAUCUGGUAUCUACGCGGUAUCGUCAGCGUGAGCCCGGCGAAGAGUGGCACCUGCGAUUAUCACUCGUACGUUGGUUUCACCUACCUCAGUAGCUUCCUCGAUUGGAUUCGUGACGCUUACGUCAGCGAGUAAACGCGUUUUUGACAGAUCGUUUACGAGCUGUCGGACGGUACGAAAUGUACCGCUUGCUGGCAUCAACGGAAAUUCGUCAGACAACAACAACGCUAGAAACGGAUGAGAUAUUAACGGCGCAUAUUAAACAACAAGACGACAACAUUUACGUCGAAAUACACAUAUUUUAUGACUCUAAUUGUAAUUUAUAAUUACCUCAAAUUACUUUUAGUUUGCGCGUGUAUGACAGAGUGUGUGAAAAUACAGAAGAUUUAUAUAUUGA